CCCUGCAGGAGGAAGCUUGAAGGCAGAGCCUCAUUUCAGUGAAGUCACUGGUGUCUGUUGGCUGCUUUUAUGUGUCCUGGUGAGUGAAAUCUGCUUGUCUUGCAAAGAAAGCUAGCUCUGAUCUAGAUCUACCAGAUAUUAAUACCACAGCAGCAGCCACAUGAUGCUCUGCCGGGGGAUGGACGUUUUUUAGAAGUUAGUUUUAAGAUAAAGGGAAAACAGUUUUUUCUGGUUUUGACAAUGUUUUCCUGGCUUCUUUCAAUUGCAAACAACUUUCCUUCUCUGGACUGGACAUACUGGCGUUAAGAAAGUUAUUUCACUUGUCUUGAAGGAAGGACAUAACAAUGAAUAAUCAGUCGAUGUCAGGGAGAACCAUGGUGCCGACCAUCCCGUCUAUUAUGUUUAUUUUCGGGGUGGUUGGGAAUGUCAUCGCCAUCGUGGUUCUUUGUAAAUCUCGCAAAGAACAGAAAGAAACCACGUUUUACACGCUGGUGUGUGGACUGGCAGUCACGGACCUCCUUGGCACACUGCUGGCCAGUCCCGUCACCAUCGCCACUUACGUGAAAGGAUCUUGGCCCGGAGAGGACCCGCUGUGCCAGUACUUCGGGUUCACCAUGCUUUUCUUCUCUCUGGCUGGGCUCAGUAUCAUCUGUGCCAUGUCGGUGGAGAGGUACAUUGCCAUAAACCAUGCUUACUUCUACAAUGACUAUGUGGACCAAAAACUGGCGGGUGUGACUCUCCUAGCGAUCUACAUCUCCAACGCGCUUUUCUGCGCGCUGCCUAUUAUCGGCUUUGGACAGGUGAAGAAGCAGUACCCGCAAACCUGGUGUUUUUUAGAGUGGAGGAGCAAUAAGACCAGCGAUGCCGCCUACUCCUACAUGUAUGCGGGGUUCAGUUCUCUUCUUAUUCUAGCCACUGUUAUCUGUAAUGUGCUGGUGUGCGUGGCUUUGAUCCGCAUGCACCGGCGUUUCGUGCGCAGGAUGUCGCUAGGAACCGAUCUGGGGCGCAACUUGGACCCGCGGAGGAGAGGGCGCAGCUUUGGGCGACUGGCCGGGGCAGAAAUUCAGAUGGUUAUUCUCCUCAUAUUCACCUCGGCAGUGAUACUUAUCUGCUCCAUCCCACUUGUUGCUCAGGUGUUUUUGAAUCAGCUGUAUAAGACUCCAGUGGAGCUGCGGUUAGAAAAAAACCCUGAUUUACGAGCGAUACGUUUCGCCUCCUUCAACCCUAUUCUUGACCCCUGGAUCUACAUCCUGCUCCGCAAGGCUGUUCUUCUUAAGCUCAUUGAAAAUAUCAAGUGCUUAUUUUGCAAGAUAGGAGCACGGGGGCAACAAAGACAGGGAAACUUUCACUGCAUAGAUGCUCAUCAACUUUCCUCUGUCAUCUCUAAACGGGACUCACAGUCCCUGGUUUCCCACAACUUCCGAGAUGUCACCAGCACUUCCCAGACCUUCCUCUACCUGCCAGAGGGAUGCGAGACGUACCCAGGAAGCUGUCAUACAGCACAAAGACUUUCUGGUUCCCAACAUUUAUCUGUCAGAAACUCACAAGCUUCUUAUUCUGAGCAAGACAGCGUUGGGUCACAUAGAGAAGGGACAAAUGUCAGCAAAGACCUUUCAGCUCUACCAUGCCCAAAAGAUACAGCACUACAGGUGUCAUUGAGCAAUGAGACAGUGGAAGAGAAAUGCAUCUGAAUCAGGUGAAAUUUCUCAGUUUGCCCUGAGAUAGAUUGUCUGCUGAAUGUUUUCUCCAAAAGUUUAAACCUCUAAAAAUGCAGGAUGGCACAUAAAUAGAUAACUCUUCUUGUGACUUGAAGUGCUCUGAGCUUUAUCGUCCUGUGUUUUCUGUUUCAGCACCCAGCUACCUCAGGUGAUGACUAUCUGUGACUGUGUAAGCAGAUUUUUGUCAUUUUGCCCAAAAAUAGAUGUUCAAACAGAGAUGACACAUUUCUUUAUGGUUCAAGUGUCACUGAUGGAAAAUAUAUUCUUCCUGGAAUUUCAGUUACUUUGUUCAAUCGUUGUGGAAACCUUUACUGUAAACUAGAUGAAGCCAGUAGUAUCAGAAUAUUUGAGUCACACAAUGAAAAUGAUUGAAUGCAAUCCUUAUGAGUAAUCAUGGGCAUGUGUGCUGCCAUUGUAAGGAUUGAUUGGUUAAACACACUCCUGUACACUGCUUCUUGAAGGACAUAUUGUGUUGGUUCCAUGACUAACGUACAGUGCAGUAUUAUUAUGUGGUGAACACCGACUUUUUUGUUCCUCAGCCCUGGAAUACACACAAAUAUGCCAUCUCAAAUUAUGAAAACUUUUCCAUCGUACAAUGAGGGUACAAAGAUUCCUGCACUGUAGUUAUUAAUACCAAACUAUUUAAAUUUGACUGGGAAUGUUGAACGUUUUUCCGCAGCUACGGCAAAUAUGAUUUAAAUCAGUGGACAAAUGUGAAGCAUCAAGAUGAGGAUAUUUCAACACACCUCUCUGGAAAAAAUCAGUGUUCUAAAUUAGUGUUGCGUAAAGUAUUGUUUAUAAAAAAAUAUUCUUCUCUAGGAGAAGGUUUUAAUUAUUAGUAACUACUCUAAAGGGAUUGUCCACCCUAAAGGAGUACUGUAUUAACAUGCUCAUGCUCAUAAAGCACUAUUUUCAGGCUCAAAUAACUAGACAGCUUAUUUACAAAAUAUUUUAUACUAGUUAGGGCAGCAACUAAUGAUUCUUCUGACUUUCUCACUUAACUGCUGAAUCGUUUAGUCAAAAUGUAAGAAAAUUGUGAAAAAUAUCAACAUCAAUUUCUCAAAACUCAAGGUGCCAUCUUCAAUCAGUUGUCCAUUUUGUCAAAGCAGCAGUCCAAAACUCAACUAUAUUUAGUUCACAAUGAUACAGAGAGAAUCAGAAAUAACUUACACUGAAGCUGGUACCAGCAGGUGUUUGGCAGUUUUGCUUGAAAGCAGCAAUUACAAUGAAUCGUUGAUCAAAAUAGUUUUUGAGGAUUUGACUAAUUGUUUUGGCUCUUGUAUCAAUUAGGCAAAUAUGAGGUUAUGUAAUUUAACAGUACUAAAUUUAAAAACCCAUUUUUGCAGAGGUCAUGUUUAUGUCAAACAAGGACAGGUGACUCAGAGUUUUGGGUUCCUUUUCUGCAUUGCAUUUGUUCCAAUGGCAGAAUUCCCCCUUUAACGUUAUUCUGACACCUUUAGCGGCUCUUUUACCGCUCUAAAAUAGACUGAACUUUUGAACUCUUGUUUUUUUUUUUUUUUAGCCUUUCCACUCAAAUAAGCUUUGUGUCUUAAUUGCAGCAGCUUUUGAAGCACACAGUCUACCUCCUCACCUCUUUUAUUAAAGCGGUUCCAGAUUGUUGCUUAAUGUCACGGAUCACAUUCUUGCUUUUCUUGUUUCUCUUGUUGCUGUUAAUUUUAGACAAGCUUGUUCAUGUACAUAGAUACUGAGGAUCAUGUCCCUCACAAUUAUACAGUGUAAUAAUAGUUAAAUGAAGGUAGAGUUUGAGCCUAUUAAACAUUGUCUUUAAUUUAUUUUUUAAUCCGAUCCUUAAAUUAUGCACUUUAUUUUGUAUUUUCUUUAUAUUGUAAUGUAAAAUUAAAACUCUAGGUAUAAAGUUCAGCAUUGGUUUUUUUUUGGUUUUUUGUUUUUUUUGCUGUUGUACCACUCUCUAUAUCUGUAAGAUACAAGCUGAUAAUAACUUAAAACUUCUGUGUGUUCAGGAAUACAAAUGUGUACAUUUUAUAAUGCAGCUGUAAAUUAACACUCACGCUAUCAUUUCACAGGAAACAUGGCCUUUGACAUGUCGUCAUAUGCUGUCAAUAUAAAGCGGAAGUUAAUAAUGUAAGCACCAAGUUUCUCACACU